GUAUUCGAUGAUUUAGAUGAAGCUGAGCCUUCGAAUGAGAACAACUUCAUCGAACCGGAUCUUCCUGCUGACAAGAUCCGCCACGAACCAUAUUCGUUACCUGAAUCGUUUGUAUGGAGUGAUGUGGACCUGAAUGAUGAAAAACAGCUGCAGGAACUGUAUACCCUCUUAACUGAAAAUUAUGUGGAAGAUGACGACAACAUGUUCCGUUUUGAUUAUUCUGCUGCUUUUUUGAAAUGGGCAGUACAGAUGCCGGGAUGGUUGCCUCAGUGGCAUUGCGGUGUUCGAGCUAAACAAAGUGGGCGUCUUCUUGCUUUCAUUGCUGCUGUUCCACAGACUAUCCGCGUUUAUGAUAAGGAGCGACCAAUGGUGGAAAUCAACUUUUUAUGUGUCCAUAAGAAGCUUAGGUGUGGCCAUUUUCUAUGA